GUGCUGGUGUCAGUUGAAACGUAGCGUUUGUGGUAGUGCUCGAUGUUGCGUUUAAAAUUGAAAAAAGGAGGCGUUAAAAUUUUUACUAUAUAUUCGGACGAAAUCCAUAAUUCUAUGGAAAUAUAAUAGAGUCCACUCCAAACAAAUCCGAUGCGGUAUCUGCACCUGUGCACGAAAAUAUUAAUAAACAGUUUCAACUGAACGACAGUAGUACAAGUGAAUCAGAGAUUUCAAAUUUGGACUCCGAUUAUGAUGAAGAAUUUUUGUACUAACUAUUCCACUCCUUUGCACUGACAUUAUGUUUAUAUUGACUGCCGAAUUUACUGUAAAAUUUGUAUUUGACAAAGAGAAGAUGAGCUUCCAGAAACUCCCCACAAUUCCCCCGCAGAAGGGGGUCUAGAGGUGGUUGAAGACCCCGGCUUCUAUGAGCUGUCUGCGGGGGAAGAUAAUGAGGAGCCACCACCGGCAUUCGAAACUCCACCACCAGGGGAAGGGGAAACUCCCAUUCCAGAGUCAGCCAACUCCUGGGUGACUCAAAUGGAGUUGCCGGUGGUGGUAAUUCCGAGGCGCCGCCACUAUCGCCACCGCCAUCGUCGUAGCUUCCACUACCGGCACACUCAUCGCCACCCCCAUCACCUUUCCACCGGUGGGUGGGUAUUAUUCAAUUUUUAUAAAAAUUUAUGCCUAAGGUUUUCUGAGGUCACUGAUUACGAAACUGAACUCAUUUUAAAACCCAAAUAUAUUAUUAUAAUAUAAAGUAACACUACUUAUUGUUACCUUUAAAAUGAUUUUAUGCUACAGUUUCGAAAAUUGUAUGUCCUAUGGCUUAUUAAGUCAUAGGUAAAUGUAGUUUAUAACAUUUUUUAAAUUUUUAAAAAUUUAAUUUUUUAAAAAUUUUUAAAAAAUUUUGUUUGCAUUUUUGGAUCCACCAUUUUAAAUUUUGAAAAAUUAAAUUCAUAUUCGUAAUCAGCGACCCCAUAAACCCCCGAGUAACAAAUUUUAGGCCAAUGGGAUCAAUUUUUUUAAAAGUCAUCCACCAUAUUGGAUCCGCUAUUUUGAAUUUUGAAAAACAAAGUUCAGAUUCAUAAUCAGCGACCCUAAAAACCCCCGAGUAACAAAUUUGAGGCCAAUGGGAUCACUUUUUUAAAAAGUCGUCCGCCAUAUUGAAUCCGCCAUUUUGAAUUUUGAAAAACAAAGUUCAGAUUCAUAAUCAGCGACCCCAAAAACCCCCGAGUAACAAAUUCGCCAUUAUAAAUUUUGUAAAACUAAGUUCAGAUUCGUAGUCAGCGACCCCACAAACCCCCGAGUAACAAAUUUUAGGCCAAUUGGAUGAAUUUUUUUAAAAGUCAUCCGCCAUAUUGCAUCCGCCAUUUUGAAUUUUGAAAAACAAAGUUCAGAUUCAUAAUCAGCGACCCCAAAAACCCCCGAGUAACAAAUUUGAGGCCAAUGGGAUCACUUUUUUAAAAAGUCGUCCGCCAUAUUGGAUUUUCCAUUUUGAAUUUUGGAAAAUUUUAAAUUCAGAUUAGUAGUCGCAGCGACCCCAAAAACUUUCGAGUGAGAAAUAUCAGCCAGAUUUAAACACAUCUAUUAGUUAAUACUUACUUUUCUUCACAAACUAUGCGUCGGACAGUUUAGGUUUAUAUUCAUUAUUAAUUAUACAGUUUUAAUGAAGUGUGCAAAGGUUAACGAUUUUUCUGUAUACUUUUAUAAUGCAUGAGAAGAGAUUACAAUGAGUUGGGAGCAUUUAGAAGCAAAAUUUAACAUGUGCUUUUCAAAUAUGUGGUUUUUUGAUAUGAGUUACGUUUUAAAAUUUAAUGUUUGAAGUCAUUGCAUUCUUUGUGUAAAGGAGGCACACAUUCCUGUAUGGGUUCAAGUUACUUCUUUUUAGGUAGAUAAUAUAAUCCCGUUGUGCCGUUACUCAAAAACCUUCGUUAAAAAAGUUAUAUCAGUUUAACUGAUAACUUGUAAAAAUUUUGAAAAAGUUGUCUCGCAAGUUUGAAGCUACAUAGUUUUUAUUCAAUUUGAGGCACAUCAUUGUUUUAUGGAUUUUUUAGUUCUUUACACUCCCACCUACUUCUAUUGCAAGCCACAAGACACUCAAUGUUUCGUUAAAAAAGUUACAGUCUAUAAAUUUAAAAAAACAGUCAAUAUCACACACUAGAAACUGUCGAUUUCACCACUUUAACUUACGUUCGUCAUUUCCUACAUAAUUAAAAAAAUUAUAUAACGCAUGAUACAUUUAAAAAGCUCUAUAAUUGGUCAAAUUAUGGUAUUGAAAAAUUAUUAAAAAAAUUCUUAAGGUAUCAUAAUGAGCGAUAACAUAAAGUUUAAACGUUCUAGAGAUAUGCCCAUAUAUCCUAUUGUAUAUAUAUAUUUUUAAAUGAUCGAGUUUACAAUGUCUGCGCAUGCGUGAAUAGUAUUCUGGGGGAGGCCCAUGCUAUUGCGCGUGCGCGGUUAUAUUUAGCUAUAAAUACAAGGAUUUCAAGCAGUGCAACUCAUUCUAUUCUGUGAGCUAGUGCAGCUUAGUCGCAGCAAAGCAAACUGUAAUAGAGCGAUCUUUUAUUUAUUGUAUUUUUUCUUGCGUUUUGACAGUUAAUUUUAUUUUAUAAGUUUUUUUUGUGUGCUUGGUUCUUUUUUUGCGUGUUAUUAGAUUAAGGAUUAGUAUAUAAGUACGUUUUUUCUUUUUUUUAUUAAUUUAUCUAUUAUUCAUUUUUUUUCUUUAUUUAUUACUAUAUUUAUUGUUCUUUAUUAUUAUUUUUUUGUUUAUAAAUUUUUUGUUCUAUUUUUAUAUUAUUUAUUUCUAUUGUUUUUUUAUUUAUUUUUACGCGACAAUGCCUGGUAAACGAAAGUUUGCAGGCAUUGUGAGACCUGCAAAGCGACCCAAUUAUCAGACCAUCCUUGAUGACUGCGAGGUCACCAUUGCACUUAUCAAAGAUGCUCUUGAAUUAGUCGCGAAUUUGCGCAAUGGCGCUGUUAAAAACGAAAUUAUAGCGCGAUGGGUUGCAGAAUGUUCUUGCAACGAACAAGUUUUAACAAGUCUUUUAAGAUCUAUGCAAUUUACGCAUGAGAAAAGUCGUUGCCAGAAGAUUCUACAAUUCAUUAUGAGAUUUAGAGUUUUGUUCGAAUCUCAAGCGGUAGAGGGCGGUGGUAUACAAGACCCUAAUAUUAAUAAUCGCGUGCGUUGGGCUAUGUGUGAGUCAGCGUUUGAUCAAAAUGGUCCGAUUAUCGUAUAUGGUGUUUUAAAUGCUAAUUUUAAAAGAGUGCAGAAUGAAGUGGAGGUAGUGCAGCCAAUUCCAUUCUCUUCUAAAUCUAACAGCAUUUUCCCCACAACUUUAUUGGAGGACUGGUUCGAAGUCAAUUUGAAGCAGCCAAUCCUGAGGAAUGUGGAGGAGUUCCAUGAGAAGGGAUCCAGCUGGAAUCUACAGUCUAUAGUUAAGUUAGAAAUUAAUGUUAAUAAAUAUAACCCUAUGCGUGCGAGUUCAUAUAUCAGUUUACCCCCAAAAAUAAGAGCCAAAAAUGCGUGUAUUAAUGUAGAAAAUGAAAAAGAUAAUAAGUGUUUUAAAUGGGCUAUACUUUCCGCUUUACAUGACGUGUCACAUCCCAAACAUGUGUCUAGUUACAUUGAUAUUGAAAAUGAAUUAAAUUUUGAUGGUAUUGAAUUCCCUGUAGCGCUGAAAAGUAUACCUAAAUUUGAAAUGCUCAACAAUAUCUCGAUAAAUGUAUACGGUCUUACCAAAAGAUAUAGUAAUUUCUCUGUUCAUCCUCUUCAUCUGACCGCAGAGAAGAUGGAUCAGCAUGUAAACCUGUUACAUGUAGUAGAUUAUUAUAUAGAUGAAAGUGUAAAUGAAGAUAAUGUAAACAAUGAUUCUAACGAUAUUGAUUUUAUGAAUUUCCACUAUGUUUGGAUUAAAAAUUUAUCUCGGUUAGUAUCCAAACAAUUGACUAACCAUAAAUGUAAAAAAUAUAUUUGUGAUCGUUGUUUACACUAUUUUUCAUCAGCGGAAAGAUUGAAUGUACACGAUGAAAAUUGUAAACGUAUGAAUGUAUGUAGCGUAAAAUAACCGAAUGCUGAAAAUUGUAAAAUUACCUUUAAAAAUUAUGAUAAUAAGGAGAAAGUUCCUUUUAUCAUCUAUGCCGACUGUGAAAGUUUACUUCUUCCCGUUGAAGAAGAUAUAGAUAAUUUAAGUAAAACUAAAAUUUUCCAGCGUCAUAAAUUGCUUAGUAUAGGUUAUUAUGUAAAAUGUAGUUACGAUGACUCAUUGUCCGUGUAUGUACCGUGUCCGAGGCAGGAAAAUGAUCCUGCUAAGUGGUUUGCUGACAAGUUAAGGCAAUUUUCCGAGAAAAUUGAUAAUGUAUUUAAGAAUCCUAUUUCUAUGGAUGCCUUAACUCCUCAGCAAAUCGCUGAUUUUAAGAAAGCAAGCGUAUGCCAUAUUUGCCGUAAGAAUAUAUCAGCUAAUGUUAAAAUGG